AUGUCAGACGAAAAGCAAGAAUUCGAUUAUGUUUUGGUCGGUAAUAUUCCUUCAAAAUUCCACUCGGUGGAUCUUCGAUCGUUUUUCUCAGAGUUUGUAGAAACUGAGCAGUUUCAAUGCUUUCAUUUUCGUCACAGACCAGAGGUUUUGAAAAGGCAAAAGGACUUGUUGGGUGACUUGCGACAAUCUGAAAACGAGAGGACAAUUAAAGGCAAAACAACAUGUUGUAUUGUUUGUAUGAGGACUGAAAAUAUUGAAAAAUUUCUCACAAAAUAUGAUGGCGAAAAUUGGAUUGGUAGGAGUGGGAAACUUUUGACGCAAAAAGCAGUUAUUUCUACCGUUUUGAUUCAAAAUAAUAAUACGUCUAUUGAAACGUUUCAAACCAGAAAAGAAGUGAAAAAUAUUAAACGAAAAAAUGUUGAAUUCUGUAAAAAAGACUUGUUAAAACUAUCAGAACUUCACCCUCCAUCGUUUAUGCCCAAUGGAAAUGUUGGUACAAGCUUAAAAUCAUUCAUGAGCUUAAUAAGAUCAUGUCAAUUGCCACCAAAUGUGAUUAAAAAGCUAGGACUGAGUUUUCCAACUGGGAGAAGCAAGCAUUGUUAUGGAAAUGUCAGAUUUGAUUAUUGUGAUGAAGCAAAUGAAUCGGGUGUUUCGUUAAGUAAGAAUUUGGUUAGGGAAACAAACCAAGAUUGUAAGUCAGAAUUAGCUGAUACCGGCAUGACAUCACACAAAUAUACUUCAUCGAGGACUUUAUCAAAAGUUAAUGACAAAAAUGUUUCUACUUUUGAAAAGAUUACAUGUGCCAGUGACACUACAAAUGAAGGCCCAGAUGAGUUGAUUUCUGACACUGAAUCAGAAGCUGAAGAAGAAUGGGAACGACAUGAAGCAUUACAUGAUGACGUUGACUGCCAAGGUCGUAUAAAGGAGAGAUUGUUUGAGAAUAAGAUUGAGUUAAAAUGGGAAAAAGGUGGCAGUGGACUUGUGUUUUAUACUGAUGCUGCGUAUUGGGAUAGCUUGAAUGGAGAUUUUGAUGAACAAACAGCAGAUGACUGGGAUAUUGAUGUGAAUAUUUAUGAAAAAAAUGGUUAUGGGGAUAGAACCGCUAAUGACUUAAUGGAUAUUAGAAGAGCAGAGCAACGUAACUUUGACAAAGAUGAUGAUCAGGAUUGUAAAGAAAUUGGAUACUUUGAAAAACACACAAAAGGUUUUGGUAGCAAAUUGAUGAAAAAUCAAGGGUGGACAGUUGGCUCAAGUUUAGGUAGCUCUCAAGCAGGUAUAACAGAGCCUAUACCUGUUGAUGGACAGCUACCUUAUUGUAAAACAGGACUUGGCUACUAUGGAGAAAAAUUACAGCAUCAUUGUAAAAGACCUCGUGCUGAUAAGGAAGUAAUUAUAUCAACUGUAUAUGAUGAUAUAAGAAAUGAAAAAACAUCAACACCUACGCAAUCUGCUGGACCAUUUACAUUGAAAUAUCACCAUAAGAUGCCAAAGUUUUUAAAACAAAGAGAUAAAUCUGCAAAGCAUUAGUGUUCUUCAAAAUGUGGUCGCAUUUUUGUAUUAUUUAAAAUAUCCUAUUACAUGAUAUGUAUUUUAAAAACUUAUUUUAGUUUAUUCCUGCACAAGAUGACAACAUAAUAAUUUUUACAUCAGACAUUUUAAAUAAACGACGAAAAAAAAGAUGUAAUAUACAAACAAGUUUAAAGCCAG